CCGUGCUUCUGCGAAGAGAGAGCAGCGUUUGGCAAAGAGCGGUCAUGUCUGGACGCGGCAAGCAAGGCGGCAAAACCCGAGCCAAGGCGAAGACUCGCUCUUCCCGCGCCGGGCUGCAGUUUCCCGUGGGCCGAGUGCACCGGUUGCUUCGGAAGGGCAACUACGCGGAGCGGGUGGGCGCCGGAGCUCCGGUUUACCUGGCCGCCGUGCUGGAGUACCUGACGGCCGAGAUCUUGGAGCUGGCGGGCAACGCGGCGCGGGAUAACAAGAAGACCCGCAUCAUCCCGCGUCAUCUGCAGCUGGCCAUCCGCAACGACGAGGAGCUCAACAAGCUGCUGGGCCGGGUGACCAUCGCCCAGGGCGGCGUCUUGCCCAACAUCCAGGCCGUUUUGCUGCCCAAGAAGACCGAGAGCCACAAAGCCAAGGCGAAAUAAAAAAUUAAAAAAAAAUAAAAUCAUUUCCACGUU